GCGUGUCACUACCGACGGAUUUCCUCCAUGCCCCGCCAAUACCCAGAGUCUGUCAGGCCUAGGAACCAUGGCCGUGGCCGUGGCCGUGGCCGCGGAUGUAUCGUCUGAUAGUCUGCGUAACGCUGCAAGCACGUCGCCAAGGCGGCAACGAACAACGAUGGGCCAACCGUUGGAUCUCCAGAUCUUAUGUGGGUGCGGAAGAUCGCGAUCGCACUAGAGCGAUGACGAGCCACGAAGAGUCACGAACAGCCACGCCGGCCAGGGCAGGUGACGGCUCCGGCUACGGCUGUGCUGGUGCUGGAACGAUCAGAUCGGACUGGGAUCGCCACAUGGCCCAGUCUGGCCCGUCUGGCCCGUCUGGCCACUCUUACCACUCUGACCCAUCUCAAUUCGCUGGUGUUACACACUGCGGAAUUAUUACAUUUGGCUCCUGCAGCAAGCCAUGUCGGUUAACUCCACGGCACUACGAGUUGGACGGUUCCCCACGCAGAGCUGCAGGUGGUGGCGUUUGCCGGAUGCGUUUUGUACCCAGAACACUUUUGUGAAAAUUAUCUAGGUGGCUAACGUUAUUCUGUAUGGGGAUCCCCACAUCAUUUAUCCUCAUUUAUCCAUUAGUCGGCAUGGGGCAUUUCAUUAAUCCGCGUCUAAUUAUUACGGGAGCGUCUGCCAAUCACAGACGACGGUCGCCCAGGGAUUUACCUGGUUGGC